AUGAGAGAUGGAGAACAGGUAGGAGAUUAUUUCUCUCGGGUGAUGUCGAUCGUGAGUCAGAAGAGAGUUUUUGGUGAGAAAGUUGCUGAUCAAAUCAUUGUGGAGAAGAUCUUGCGUAGUAUGUCCCCCAAGUUUGAUCACGUGGUGCCAUCUAUUGAGGUAUCCUUUGACUUAUCCAAAUUAUCGCCUGUAAAAUUAAUGGGAUCACUCCAAUCACAGGAAGAAAGAAUUAAUAGACGGUCUCAGGACAUAGUUGAAGAAAAUGAUGAACAUGCUCUUCAAGUUUUUCAAGAUAACAAUCCGGCUUCUAGGUUUAAUACUUAUAAAGGUCGAGGCAGAGCUCUCCACGUGGGAGAGGCCGAGGUGGUCGUGGUUUUGAUAGAAGCAAAGUUCCACAAUGUCAUGUGUGCAAUAAGUUUGGUCACGUUAAAAGGGAUUGUUGGUAUAAUACCGAAGAUGCCCAAGUGA